GCAGAGCCACAGCAAAGUGAAGAAGAAGAAUUUAACGGUUCCCGGUUGUUGAACCGCUCCCGUCUCCACGGUGGCGGUGGACUCCGGACUGUUUUGGACUGCAUUGUCACAUUACCACACAUCAGGCGGCUAGCUGUUUCAUGUGCCUCACCUAGCUAACGCACCGAGCGAGCUAUGUGCUGACAACUUACCUCAUAACGGAUCGUUACUGCGAAAAAAGACCCAGAGCGAUGGAGGAGGGCUCUGAGGUGAUUGAGGAUAUUGUAUUUCGAGGAGUGGAGUUUUCUGUGAAGAUAGAGGUCGACAAGGGUUUGCUGAUAGUGGAAAUCUCAGACUCAAUGACAGCGGAUCAGUGGAGAGGGGACUUUAAUCCUGCAUACAUUGAGGACCUCACCCGCAAAACCGGCAACUUCAAGCAGUUCCCUAUUUUCUGCAGCAUGUUGGAAUCAGCAGUUAGAAAGAUGAGUGAUUCGGUUACACUGGACCUCUUGACCUACUCUGACCUGGAGCUGCUACGUAACAGAAAAGCUGGCGUGGUUAGUCGUCCUCGCGGCCAUCAACAGUCAUCUGCUCUCACUGCUAAAAGAUAUUUAAUCCUCAUCUACACUGUGGAGUUUGACAGGAUACACUACCCCUUACCCCUGCCCUAUGUGGGUAAGCCUGACCCGGCUGCCCUGCAGAAGGAAGUCAGAGCUCUGAGAGCUGAGCUCAGCACCGUCUCCGCUCAUGGAAUUAACAAAUCUGCAGAACUAGAAAUACAGCGGCUACGAGCAGAGCUUGCUCGGGUGAAAGAAGAGAAGGAGGCCAUGGCGAACGUUCUGGAGCGAUUGCAGAUCAGUGGAAGUGGUUCUGCGCCUGCAGGAGAGGACUGGAGGGUCAGAGAUGUGGUGAGGACGCUGGAGGAACAGCUCGUCAAGGAGAGGGCCAAAAGUCAACGCUCAGCAAGCAAGAGAUGCCAAGAGCAGCGACUCCUAACGGAGCAGUUUGAGGAGCUGAGAGCAUCAGAGUGUGCUCUCCGUCUUCGUGUCAAGAGUCUCACUAGUGAACUGGCACUACUACGGAGAGGGUUAGACAAUCUAAGCAUCAGAGUGACUCCUGUGUCAGGUCGCAUCAGCUCUCGAGUUGAUGGGGAAAUCUAUCGCUCGCUCUCCCGGGAGAGGAGGUCGGGUUACGGGACAGUCAGGGCUCGCUCGGGAUCCAGAGAACGAAUGGAGAACAGAGGGCAAAGGUCGGAGGAGAGGGGAAGAAGAGCGGACUCCUCGGGUCCACGUGCUCACAUACCCAGGCCAUCACCUUCUCCCACUGGGUCCCGGGUACAACGCUUUGACCCAACUGCUUACAUCCAGGACCGACAGCGCAGACAGAAAGAGGCAGAGCUCAAAAAACAGCGGAAGGUACGGAGGGACAUGCUUACAUCACCUAUUGUCCCUGAGAGGGGGCGGUCACGUUCCAGAGAGGCCUAUCCUCAGAUAGCCAGGUCCAGCAGCAGAGGCAGGAGUUUAUCAGUGGAGCGGAGAGGGAGCAGGAACUCCUCUGACAGCUCGUUAGUGGAUAUGGAUGAAAUGGCCAAAACUCUGUUCAGAGGAAGAAAACAGAAUUACAAUGGACCCAGUGUGUUAAGUGACAAGUCUAGAGGAGGCCUUUUGACCAGGAAGCCAUUAUGCAGCACUCCAACACACAGAAUGAAAGACAAAGAGAGCUCCAUAGAUACGGGGGCUGAGCUGUCGGAGAUCGAUGCCAGGCUGCUGGCACUUCAGGAGUACAUGAGGGACCUGGAUACAGGACACUAACAGUCGCUGCACAACCGGCUGCUCAGCCCACUCCAUGUUACCUGAGGACUUUUCCCUCUGCACAGGCAGAGAAACACAUCUAGCCUCAGACAUGAGCGACGGGUUAUCACUGUGUACGUGUUCAUGUUAAAGCCUGCUACUAAGACUUGAGGAAACAACAGCCAUCACUGUGAAGGACUACUUUUUGUGGACUGAAAUUAUUUUUCUAAUGGACCGAGUUUUUAUUUAUGAACUUAAAAGAUGACUGUGUCUGAGUGUACUGUUGUCUUUUCUUUUGUACAUCUCACCACACCAACUAAAUUAGUAACAUGGACCUGAAAUUUGGCACUACCUCAGUCCAUAAAUAACUUAUUUUCAUCCUUUACUCACCUGUUGAUGUUUUCUUUCCAUUUUUGUUUGGUUAUCUGAGAGCACGGCAUUGUGUUUGUUAGUUACGGAGUCGUCUCCCUGUCAGUGUGCACUAUUUUAAACAAAAAUGUCAAUGCCUAAGUCUGCUUUUUCACUACCUACGUUGGGAUGUGUGUUCUCUUUCCUGCUCGAUUUUGAACUCAACGAUACCCCGUGCAUUUUAAGCAUUAUAGCCAAAACCACUAUACAACCUUUUAUAAGUUGAUCUACAUGGUGCAAUAAAAUGUAAUUAAAUUUUCAGUUUGAACCAAAAUUAACCUAAUUUUCCUUUAAUGUGAUAUCCCAAAUUCAAGCAUAAAAUAUUAAUCUUGUAAGACAUUUGCACAAGGGAGUAAUACUUCUCAUCAAAGGUAAAUUUGACAGACGAGGAAUAUUUGUAUUUAUGUGUACACAAACCCACACCACUAACAUGGUGACUGUGCAUGCAAGAAUAUUAAUAACAUAUUUUUAUAAUGUAGUGAAACUGCCAAAUUUUGUAUUAUCUGCUGUAUGUUUAUGUGCACAGACUGUUACUCUCAUUUGUCCCCAGUCCAAAAUCUUUUAUACCAUCUAAAAUUUCAUUUAUAAGAAAUGCAU